GCAUCAACCUCAACUAGCACUCCAACUUCCCUCCACCGCUUUCAAACAACAAACUCUCCAACCACGCGUACAAGUCUGUACUAACUCGAAAUUUCAAAAACUAACGAACACUACUACGUUCACAAACCAAAGAACCUUCCGCAAGGAACAAACUACCUCACCAAAACUACAAACUUUUUGAAGUCUUUGAUUUCAAAAAAAACCAACUCCUCUCUCCAAAAUGGGUUGUGGUGCAUCGACUGCCAACGGAGCGGCUCCGGCCUCUCCUUCCGCCGCGGCUCCGGCCCCGAAGGCCGCUGCUGCCCCCGCUGCGGGAGCGCCCCCGGCUGGUGCGGCGAAGACCCCGGCCCCGUGGACCAAUGGAACCGGUAUUUCUGGAAUGUCAAUGUUUCUGUUUUAGGGUUUUAGGAUUUAGGGUUUUUGCCAAUCUUAUUCGUUUCUGUAAACAGAAUGUGUUUAUGUGUAGUCAACGCGCAUGCAGAUAGGGAAUGUGCCAACGCAGCAAGAUCUACUUGAAAGUUGUAUAAAGAUAUGUCGUAAAAUGAAGUAGCAAUGAAUUCCACUUUCAACAUUCUCGACGUGAACAACGAAAAACAGGAAUCCAAUUCUGGUCGCCGUCCGCCUCCCACCGCGAUCCCAUCGCCAUCUCGGGUGAUGUGAAGUGCUCCAAGGCGAACCUGAAGAAGGUGGUGAUCCUGUUCGACCCCCGCCACCUGGGCUUCAACAAGUCCUUCGUGACGAAAGUGCGUGAAACGCUGUUCAAGCACAAGGAGCGCACCCACGGCGCCGAGGACUGGAACGCAGUCGACACGGCUGCGGGCUACUCGGCGGAUUUGAAGAUCCGUACCCUGAUGAUCACGGCCACGCUGAACUCGAAGCCGGAGUUCUGCACCGCCAUCGAGGCGGGGAUCUUGGGUAUAAUAAAGUUUCUUCGUGCGACGGCGACAACGCUUUUUUUCUAUAUCUCUAUCUCGUCACCCGAGAACUUCUUCUUCUACAACGUAUUUCAUGCGAAUACAGCACAACCAGGGAGAGCCUACAAUUUGUUACGUCGACGCUUGCCGUCCGCAACUCGUUCCUUUGAGUUCUUCUACCCAUCAUGCUGACAAAAAUAAAAAACAGGUAUGGGCUUUCUGAACACCCUGGUGGGUUCCGGGUGGAAGGGCGCCCCGACCAUGCUGAAGAUCGUCGCCGCCGACGACUUCUACCCGGAUCCGGACGGUGUUCUGUACAAGCUGUACGGCCAGUACGACGCUGCGGGCAACGGUGGCAAGUCUUCCGCCUGGAAGGCCUUCGCCUCCGCCGGCAAGGCGGAGAUCGACGCCAUGUUUAUCCUCCCGGCAGAAGUUGUGAUGUCGCACUAGUAGUGGUAGGUACUAAUUGAAAGCAUGCUCCUGUGCAGAUAUUGACAGAAUCACGUCGCGGUACUUGUGACCAAAAAUCUGCAUAACAUCAAACAAUCCCAGGAGGAAUUAUUUCAUCUCCUUCUGAAAUAAAAAAAAAAUUUGUGAUACGACAAUUUAUAGUACCACGCGUGCGAAGAUCCCAACAUCCUUUUGCAAUGCAUAGUGGCCAUGUUGAAGGACAAGUACGAGAAGGACUGCGCGCCGCAGCAGGCGUUCGGGCACCUGGCGGGCGAUGCGGGCCUGGACGAGAAGGAGUGCAUGGGCGCGAUGGGCGACUUGACCAACUUCAUCUCCAAGUGCAUCCCCUCGGACGCCAACGUGGCCACCAAGAAGUCGACCACCCGCGACGCCAAGACGGAGCUGCCGGCGGAAAACCUGGAGAACGUGAUCAAGAACGUGACCUGGCCGUCCAACCGCCGCCCGGUCAUGUUCACCAUGUCCACCAGCAGCUUCGAGAACCACAAGGCCAAGUUCUCCUCCCAGUUCUUCGACCGCCCGGUGUUCGACCUGGAAGCCGAACUGCCCGAUCCCACCGUGUAUGCAUUGCAAAAGUGUCUGGGUCUGGAAACUUGUGAUGCUGGGUGGCGUCUCAUGGUCAUGAUGAGGCUACAACUGCUGGCUUAGCAUGACAAGUUUCUGAGCUUCUAGGUGUUGCCUAAUCUGCAUGACAAACUGCGUUUCUGCAUCACAGAACAAUGGAGCUCUUGGGUACAGUGCAUGACAGAUUUAAGAGUCAUACCGGACAAGCAUGACAAACAUGCAUUCUUCCAGACCCAGACACUUUUGCAUUUUAUACCGUGGACGCCGCCCGGACGAUUGUCAAGGAGAAGAUCAUCAACAACCAGGAGGUAUCAAAUGUAAAAAUGUCUGGGUCUGGAAGAUUGCCGGGUUUGUCAUGCACAUUUUGCAUGACUCCGCAAGUCUGUGAUGCAUGCCCUAGCGUCACAGAUUUUUAGAGGGCUUCCUGAUGCCUAUUCCGCAUGACAAAUGCUCUUUCCGUGCUGCAAAAUUUGGACUCUCUUUGCUGCUCAUGGAAUACAGAUUUUUUUAGAAUCCAAAAUCAGCAUGACAAGUUGGAUUCUUCCAGACCCAGACAUUUUUACAUUUGAUAGGAGGGUCACCACAAGCGCAAGCCGAUCUUUCUGGUGGGCGUGGACGAUUUGGACGAGGCUCGCAUGACGCGGUUGAUGGCCAUGCUGAAGGCUUGCGAGGAGAGUGACGCUGAUGAUGGCAUGCCAGAGGUCACCGGCGUCACCGUCCUGAUCCACGGGUCCUCCUACGAGGCCUUCACCAACAACAAGCUGACCGGGCAGGCGAUCUGCGGGGGCUUGCUGAUGGCGCACCUGUGCGUGUUGGCGUUGUCCCCCAUGCUGGACCGCCUGACCAACAUGUUCCUCGCCCCCUCCAACGAGGCCGUGGUCGACGCGGUGCGCGCCGCCAUGGUCCCCUUCUCGGGCAUGCACCUGAUGUGCACGCACAACGCGCUCGGCCAGGAGAUCUCCGACGGGGGGAUCAUGACCACGGAGUACAUGGUGGCCAACCCGGGCACGGGAAAAACCGGCAACCACAUGAAGAUGAUCCAGGACCGCUUCAUCAAUCCGGUCAAGUUCCAGGCCACCCACAACCGGCAGCUGGUCCUGUCCGACGCCUCGGGCGCCAAGAAGCUGUACCGCCUGCGGUUCGCCACCAAGUACGACUACAACCUGAAGCCCUGCUCCCUGAUCAUGCCGGCCCGCAUCAUCGCGAAGCUGUGCCAGACCUGCGCCGAGGAGCCGGCCGCGGUGGGCGACAUCACCGCCGACAAGAUCACGGAGGUGCUCAACGAUUACGCUACGGCCAUCCUGCGCGUCGCUGACGGAGGGAAGUUCAUCGGGUAAAAAUGCACAGCUUCAGUGCCUGUUGUUUUCUGCGAAAAUACCAAUACGUAGAAACACCUACAUGGUGGCACCGAUCACUUGACAAUAACAAAUAACUUAAAAAGUCGAAUAAGAUUGUUGUACCGGCUUCUCUUGCUUCUUCGUUUUUCUCGCUGCUUGCGAAAGGACGAGGAGCAUCAGGUCUGGUAUGUGUAAAAUAUCAAAUCUAUCGAAGCAGCUUGAGCUUGCUGGUACGGUCGUGCGCGUCAUCCCAGCCUGCUCGAUGGUAGUAUGCAAAUUUCGAGGCGGUACAGAUGUUUAUGAGCACUAACAAGUUUGUCUGCGCUUGCAGAUGUGGCUUUCAACAGAUGUUUGGGUAAGGAGGAACAAGCAUGUGUUAGUUGUUGGAAAUCUUUAUGGGGCGGAAAGGAAUUAUUGGGUUUAGGGAUCAAGAUUUAGCUGCUUAAUUAUAAGAUUCUAGUAGUUUCUUUAAGUUCAGACGUUGCACCGGAACCUGUGGCAUUCGCGCUGCCAUGAUCAAAAUGUCUGUUCGAUUUCAAUGCAGUAAUUAGUGUCACAAGUUGUUUAUUUACUUUGCAUAACAUGAUACGAGCUUUUUCUGGGAGUCCUGUCGAAGUAAUAUAUUUAAUUGAGCUGUACCGAAUUUCUGGAGGCACGUAUACGACUACGCUUAAAUUAGCGAAAAAGACAGCUAUCUUUUCAUCUGUUUUAAAAUUUUGUAAGGCAGAAAAAUCUGCAGUACCGCAUUAGACUAAGAGCCUCAAGAGCAAAAAUUGCACUGCUCUGUAAGUCAUGGAACCAGUGAACUAGUCAUGCGCUGCUGUAGUGCUGCUCCUGCUACUGCCACCAAAGUGUCACAUCAAGCAGUAUGUAAAAGUAAAAGCGUAGCCUCUCUCUCAAAUAAACCCAAGCGUAAUAGUACCAGCAGAAGGUGAAAGAAUGGAUCUUCUGAUGCGCAGGGGGCUUACCCAGCCCGCGCUGUGGACAGAGAUUUUUAUGCACGGUGAUCCCGCGGGACAAGGACAAAUUUUUGCUGGAUAAUUUCGCGAUGGAGUCUUUCAAAGAAAAAACAAAGCGCUUGUGAAUAGCGUCGAAUUUGUAGUGGUUCCCCUCAGCAACAGCAACGGCAUAUUGCUGACGGCACACCGACACCGAGCAAG